CACAAUUCUUGACGAUGAAAGAUUAAGUUACAAGAUACAAAAUGAAUGCAAAAGGAUAUUAAUAGAAUAACCAAAUAAUAAAAUGGAAAAAUCGAUAUGUUCAAUGGCCAUAAAUCGUUUGCAAAGAUUUAAAAGAUUUGAAAGAUAGUCAAAUUUUAUAUAACCUCGACCUAACUCAGACAUUUUAUUUAUCGAUAACAGAAACUCUGACUCCCACUUUCGAAUUGAAUCGGUAUAUUUGUGUUUGAUUAAGUCCUGGUAAUAGUCUUAUCAGUAGCCAUGUCAAAUAAACGAGAAUCGAUUUACGUUGCAAUUCUUGGAAUAUGUGUUAUUCAAGGUGUUAUGUCAAGCUGCAUGGACGACACCUCAGUUGCCCGGAUGUGUCACAACAGCACAGUGGUCGGCACACAUGUUUUUAUUGAUGUCGACGCCUCCAGCAGCACCACUCUGUCGUCAUUGGUUGCGUGCACGUGCAUUGUGACCGCGCAAGGCGUCAAACAGAUGGAGGUCAAGUCCAAUUUUAUCGGAACGAAUUCACAAUGCGGUACCACCAUGGAAUACACCGGUCAGGGGAUACCUGGCGGGAAUCUGUCACACUCAUGUAACGACGCGACGUUUAACGUAACCACGCAAACGAACAUGAACAUUACCGUGGGAGUAAGAAAGGACCAGCCACCUUACUUGACUCAGUACUGUGUAUCAUUGGAGUGGCAAUCCUGUGGCGCAGGUAUGUUCCAAUGUAACGAUGGUGGUUGUAUUCCUUAUGCGUCCAUAUGCAACAGUGAUCCGGAUUGCAAGGACGAAUCGGAUGAGGACAAUGGCAGCUGUGGUGUGGGAGGCAUCUGUAUUGAGGGACUGGCGCUUUGCGAGAGUGGUAAAGGGUGUAGGCCUCAAGGUGGGCGAUGCAAUAACAUCACAGAAUGUAAGGAUGGAUCUGAUGAAAUAGGCUGCGAUACUCUUUCCGGCAACAGCACGACAGAAACGCCGCCUAAUCCAAGUAACACAACGACUCCUUUGAUUACGGUCACGUGCACUGAAAGCGAAUAUAUGCCACAAACAACUACAACAACCAUUCCUCAAACAACAACAGCUCCUACGGUAACAACCACUUCUACAACAACAACAGUCGCUCAUACAACAACAAACUCUCCAACAACAACACCAUUAUAUAAAACAACAUCCCCUGAAACAACAACAUAUAAAAUAACAACAGCAUCUCCUUCAACAACCUUCUCUCCAACAACAUUUUCAGAGACUCAACAAACCAUCCCCGUUUCAACAACAAUUAUACAAACAACAACACCAAUACAAUCAACAGCUAAUUCAGUUUCAUCUGAAUCACCGCCGACUACAUCAGCAAGAUCGUCUACAGCCAUGGAUAUCUCAACCAGUACCGAACGAACGGAUUACUCAAAACCUGCUCCAGACCCAAUGCCGCCAUGGCUUAUUGCCGUCAUUGUAUGCGUAUGUUUGUUGGUGAUAUUGGCGGUGGUUGUUGCUGUUAUAUGCCAACUAACAUCAAAAUGUGACAAGUACUGGAUAAAGCGUGGACAGCGAAAUUAUAUUGCAUAAACUUUUAAGUGUCAAUUUUUCAAUUUUUGUAAAUUAAUACUUUCGUGUGUUUUUUAAAGCUCUGAAUGUGUCCUAUUGUGCCAUUUCAAAUAGAAAUCGCAUGUUUCUGAUGGUUAUGCCAAAAUGAUUUUAAAGAGAAACCAAUAGAAUUUUUUAGAACUAUAGUGCUUCUGUAUAUCCAUGCAAUACUAAUUUAAAUAAUCUUCCGUCUCCUGAUAUUAAAUGACAGUUCAGAAUAUUUUCUUUCAUUUAUUGUUGUUACAAAAUUCAUAGAAAUGUUAACGUGUUACAAAUAUGUUAUGGAAAUGGCAAUACACUUUUAUUUUUACGUUGCAAGCAAACUUUGUUGCUGGUUAUUCGUAUCUACUUUUUUCAUGGAAUAAAACAUAUGUUUUUAUUUCAAACCAGAAUUAUAUUAAUCCUCAAGUUCAUUAAUUGUGUACCGGGCCGAACGUUUGGUGAGCUGACACAAUCAAAACAAUUCUAUUAUAACGAAAUUAAAUUGUGAUUCGUGCAACACAUGUUGAUGCAUCCUACUAGAUUUACCUAAUUUCAUGUUAAUAAAAUCAUUUUUCACAACAACUUUGUGUGAUUAGCCAUACAAAAAAACGUCUAAAUAGUAUUUUACUCAUAAACAUAUUCGUUAUGUUUGAAUUUUCUUCAAAUACAAGGCAUGCAAUAUAUGAUCAAAUAUCAUAAGUAACAGUUUUACUUAAAUAAAUUUUGUGUUAUUAUAAUAACGCUCAUUGGGUAAUUGUCGACCUGAAAUGGCCCACAAGUCACCCGGGGGUGACUAGAAUCCGAUUCAUGUCACCCUGGGGUAACUUCAAUCCGACGCUAGUCACCCCCGGUUGACUAGAAUCGGCUUCAUGUCACCCAGGGUGACAUGAAUCGGCUUCUAGUCACCCCGGGUGACUAGAAUCGGCUUGAGGUCACCCCCGGGUGACAUGAAUCGGCUUCUAGUCACCCCGGGUGACUAGAAUCGGCUUGAAGUCAUCCCAGGGUGACAUGAAUCGGCUUCUAGUCACCUCCGCAUGACUAGUGGGCCAUUUCAGGUCGACAAUGACCCAUUGAGCUAUAAUAACACGACCUUAACUUAAAUAUAAUAAUUGCAACCGUUGUAUCUUAACACAAACUAAUUAAUUCUCAUGCAAGAAAUUUAUUAAAUGAUUCUGAUUACUUAAAUGUAUUAAAUUGAUUUUAAAAUAUUUUGACUGUUCGUUAGUGAUUUUUUCACAGCAAGUCCACAGGCACAGAUCGUGUCUAUAUAAUUAAUUUUUUCUUGUUAGAAAGGUUAUUCAGUAACACAUGACUUUAUAUUAACAGUGAUGUUCAAAUACGUAGUUGCAUUUGCAGUUUUGAAUUAGAUUUUUUUUAAUCGACAUUUUAUUGGAAUGUUUUUGCACGGCUCAAUACCAAGUUUUCGUCUUAGUUCGUAUUGUAGCUCCAUUCACCACGCUCGAACAUCUUCUAGCGUUUAAUAGCCAAGUAAUGGAUAUACAUUUUAACAUGCUUCCUAUUGCUUCUAUAUACUAGUUAUCACGUCUUUAUGACUGUAAGUUUACGUAACAGAUAGAAGCGAUUGUGAAUGAUUUGUUUGUCACGAUAUCUUAUAAUGACUUCUUCUUUGUAUUUAUAUAUAGUAAAUGUUAGUUUUCCAAUUCUAUGUAGUAUUGCAAUCUAACGUAAGAUUUUUUUUGUCUUCUAUCGGAUAAUCUAUUUCUUGCCCUUGUCGUUCAAUUCAGUCGGAUAUUCUUACAUCAAGGCGAACUUAGUAUAUACUGAAAUGAAUAGUAUAAUACGUGGGACGUUAUUGUCUAGUUUAAACGGCAUCAAAUCUAACUAUUUAUUGCUUUAAACAAAUAGUUUUUGUUAUUGUAUAAAAAUUGAAUUAAAUAUGUACUUUUUCAAGUUGUUGAAUAAUAUAAACUGUUAAAAGCCACAUUGGAAACAAAUUAUUUAACUGUUGAUAUAAAAUUCGCAUCACUAUGUUUGAGUUAAUGGGAUGCAUUCGGGAUAUAACGGGAGUAUAUAUAUAUUUCCACAUAUGAUUUUUACAAUGAUGUUACGUGUUUAUUCAAGCGACUACAUGUGUAUGUGCACGAUAGAAUUUCAUCGAUUGUAAAAUAUUGAUUUAUGGCAGUACUGUAUAAGUGAUUACAAGUUUAGACAUUGUCUGUUAUUUGUUAAACCAUAUACACGAAUAAUCAGCUACUAAUGGUGCCAUCAAGCCAGUGUCAGAUUUCAUCAUUUGUAAUUCAGUUAAUUACAUAACGAGUUAUUCUAAACAUUAAGCUUUACCGACUACCUUACAUUGUGCCUAAGUGUCGUUUGGACAAAAUAUCUGCACUAAGUACAAUUUAGUAGGGAUCUCAAAUGUUGUAAAUGUCUUAUGAGUGAGUUUUCGAUUGUACAAACAAAAAUAAUAUGCAUAAAAUCGCCGCUGAUUUUCUUGUGCUAUAUCCUCUAAACUUUAAUUGAGCUUUGUUGUUGUUUUUUUUUUAACGUUUAAAAUAAUUUGAAACUAAAUAAGAUCGUAUAAACAAAUUUUAAGAGAAUAAAUAAAUAGCCGCUCCGAGAUUCGAAACGGAGUCAUCUUAAAGUCUGGGUCAUCCCUAGUUUACUCAGAAUCAUGUUCUAUUUUUUUCAAAUUUCAGGCAGGAACAAAUAUUUAAAAAAAAAUGACGGAUUGGCGUUUUUUUUAAAGGUAUAGACUUCACAAAGUUGUGUACAAGUUUAUGGCAUUACGUUUUUCCCAUUUCAAUGCGUUAUCCUGGCAGUACAUCUUUACUUGUUCGUAUAUUCUACAAAAAGCAGAAAUGUUGACGAAACCAUUUUUUGUCCUUAAUUAAGAUUAAUAAUUAAUGUAUGCAUGUACUUACAAGUGUGUUACCGUGUUACCAAAUAUAUUCUUUGAAUAAAUGAAUAAAGUUUAAGACAACCA